GGACCGGCGCAUCAGGACAACGCGCUGCGAUUGUUCGGCGCGCGCGAGGAGGACGUGCGGGUGACGUUUUAUCGCGACCACGCGGGGUGGUGCCCGUACUGUCAAAAGCUUUGGAUCAUGCUCGAAGAAAAACAAAUCCCGUACCGAGUGGAGAAGAUCAACAUGCGAUCGUACGGCGAUAAACCAAAGGCGUUUCUGGACAAGAUUCCGAGCGGGCUGUUGCCGGUGGUGGAGAUCGACGGGAAUAUGAUCACGGAGAGUUUGGUCAUCAUGCAAAUCCUCGAACGCGAGUUCCCGGAGCGACCGACGCUUCCCGAGGAUAAGUUUGAGGCGGCGAACGUGCUUUUGAAGCUCGAACGUCAGUUGUUUUCGGAUUGGUGCGGCCUCGUGUUUCGGCCCUCGAUGCCGGGACCGCUGGGAGCGAGAGCGGGAUUCGAAAAGACGUUGGACAAGGUCGACGAAGCGCUCGGCUCUACGGAAGGACCAUGGUUUCUCGGGGGAGAAAGUCCAAGCAUUGUGGACUUUCAGUACGUCUCGCACGUCGAGCGCAUGAACGCGAGCGUUCUGUAUUGGAAGGGACUGCAAAUGCGCGGCACAAAGCGUUGGGCCAACAUAGAAAGGUGGCUCCUCGCGUUUGAGGCGAGACCGACGUAUCAGGCGACAAAGAGCGACUACUACACGCACAUCAUGGAUAUCCCACCUCAAUAUGGACCGGGAUACGCCGAUAAAAACGCCGCGGUGGACGAAGCUGUGGCGGUCAUCGGCGGCGAAAAGAGUUGGCGAUUACCGGUUUCUCUAUCUGCUGACGGCUUGGAGCCGCUUCCGGAAUCUAUGAACCGAGGUGAAGAGGACGCAAAGCAUGAAGCAGCGUAUAAACUGAUUGCAAACUCUGCAAAUAUCGUCAAGUUUGCUUGCAGAGGUAUGGGCGAGCCAGGUCGCAAGCACUCGGAGGCGAAAUCCGUUCGUAAAUGUCUAGCAUACCUGCGCGAUCGCGUCGGGGUCCCGCGAGAUAUGAGCUAUCCCGCGGCGAUGCAACUCAGAGCGCACUUA